AUGUCGAUGUUGGUAAGAAAGGCAACUAUAGCCCGUAAAGGGCGACGAUCUCGUUCGGCAAGUCUGAAAUCUAGACCACUGUUAAAUUUAAAGCGAGUAAGCAGUACAAGGUCUGACUGCACACCAGCUUCAUUAUCAUUAGAAGAUUCUACUAUGGCAUUUAGGAAUACCAGGCGAUGUUCCUCUCUACGUAUUCAACCCACAUCGGUUACCAUUAAAGAGGAGGAACCUGUUACCAUUUUAGAGCAUUCGUAUUGGAGCGUCAAAGGCAUUGCAUUGAAAAAAACUCUAACAUUAUGCAACUUUUGA